UAAUAAUAAUAAAUAAUGCAGGCACACUGAGUAUCUCUACAAUUGUGUAAACCCGCGGAUACAGAAAAGACUACGGCUGCAGCAGUACAAACAAAAAAAUUAGUGGAAAAAAACCAGCGGAAAUCGUCUAUCGCGGGCGCGUGUUGAAAUAAAUACAUACACAGGCAAACGGCAAACACGGGCACGUAGCAAAGGUGUGAGGACUGACGCAAAAAGAAAAGUACAGAGGGGAGCCGUGGAAAACGUGUAAAAUUAACAAAACCAACAAACGUACAACAAAACGCGCCAGCUUGGGAGACAUUGGUGUUGCUGUGCUGGAGCCAGAGAGCCGCAUGGACGAAGAAGUCAUUGAGAUUAGCGACAGCGAACGCGAGGAAACCGAGUCGACCUCUGAUAUGGACGUGGAGCUAACGGAGCAGCAGACUGUCGAUGCGGAGCAGAUUGUUCCCAAGGACGCGGAAACCAUUGCCGAAGAGAAAAAGAAACUGGGAAACGAUCAAUACAAGGCACAAAACUAUCAGAAUGCGCUCAAACUCUACACGGAUGCCAUCUCGCUGUGCCCCGACUCGGCGGCGUACUACGGCAACCGGGCUGCCUGCUACAUGAUGCUCCUCAACUACAAUAGCGCCCUGACGGAUGCCCGCAACGCCAUCCGAAUCGAUCCAAGCUUCGAGAAGGCGUACGUACGUGUGGCCAAGUGCUGCCUGGCGCUGGGCGACAUCAUUGGCACGGAGCAAGCCGUGAAGACGGUGGCAGAGCUGAAUGCCCAGAGUACGGCUGUCAGCGCCGAACAGCGAGCGGCGCAGAAGCUCCGCCUAUUGGAGACGACUGUACAGACCAACUACGACUCAAAGUCCUAUCGGAACGUGGUCUACUACCUGGAUGGUGCCCUGAAGAUAGCACCAGCUUCCAUUCGCUAUCGUCUCCUGAAGGCCGAAUGUCUGGCCUAUCUGGGACGCUGCGAUGAGGCCUUGGACAUUGCCGUAGGCGUGAUGAAGCUGGACAGCACCUCUGCAGACGCCAUAUAUGUGCGCGGUCUGUGCCUCUACUACACGGACAAUCUUGAGAAGGGUAUUCUGCACUUUGAGCGCGCUCUGACGCUCGAUCCCGACCACCACAAGUCGAAGCAGAUGCGCAGCAAGUGCAAACAGCUGAAGGAAAUGAAGGAGAACGGCAACAUGCUGUUCAAGUCGGGCCGGUAUCGAGAGGCGCAUGUGAUCUACACCGAUGCUCUGAAGAUCGAUGAGCAGAACAAGGACAUCAAUUCGAAGCUUCUCUACAAUCGGGCACUGGUCAACACUCGCAUUGGAGCUCUCAGGGAAGCGGUGGCGGAUUGCAACCGCGUCCUGGAGUUGAAUGCUCAGUAUCUGAAGGCCUUGCUGCUUCGGGCCCGCUGCCACAAUGAUCUGGAGAAGUUCGAGGAGGCAGUGGCCGACUAUGAGACGGCCCUCAACCUGGAGAAGACCACUGAGAUUAAGCGAUUGCUGCGCGAUGCCAAGUUUGCCCUGAAGAAAUCAAAGCGGAAGGAUUACUAUAAGAUAUUGGGGGUUGGGCGUAAUUCAAGCGAGGAUGAGAUUAAAAAGGCCUACCGUAAGAAGGCACUGGUCCACCAUCCGGACAGACAUGCCAACAGCAGUGCCGAGGAGCGCAAGGAGGAGGAGCUGAAGUUCAAGGAGGUGGGCGAGGCCUAUGCCAUACUGUCGGAUGCGCGCAAGAAGGCGAGAUACGACAGCGGACAGGAUAUUGAAGAGCAAGAGCAGGCUGACUUUGAUCCGAAUCAAAUGUUCCGGUCGUUCUUCCAAUACCAAAACGGACGCAAUGCCUCCUUCAACUUUGAGUUUUAGGCCGAACACCACAUCAGCGAUGACCACUCACAUUCUGCCUCCACGAUGGCCAGCGCCGCGACACACAACAACAGAUCGAUCCACGCACAAAUGAGAAUCUUUAUUUUGAAUUAUUUUACAUACAUAGUAUCCAUAUACCCGCAUAUAUCCGCAUAGAGAACACAGAUUUUGUGCAUGUUUAUGAACUGAAUUGUUUGAUGGGAAAUCGGAAGAACAGAGAACAAAGAGAAAAUUUCUAGUGUAUUGUUUCCCACACUGUAAACGUUAGUUUUAAUCUCCUAUUACAUACUGCAGCUGUAGGGUGGCAUUCAAACAGUUUAACAAAAUUUUCAAAUAUAUGUCAAAAUAUUUCAAAACUAAA